CGGGUCUUAUUUUCCCAGUCAGCAGUGACGUUAAGAUAAGCGUCAGGAUUUUCCCAUGAUCCUUUGCUCCAGCUUGUCUCUGACCUUCUGUCGGCUGUGCGCUAAAAGACGGAUAGAAAUGGUGCCUCCUGUGCAGGUUUCACCUCUUAUUAAGACAGCCAGGUACUCGGCUCUGAUUUUGGGGAUCAUCUACGGCAAAAAGCGCUAUGAUUACCUGAAGCCCGUAGCAGCGGAGGAGAGGAGGAUCGAGGAGGAGGAAAGGAAAAUGAGGGAGGAACAAGAACGCAUCGCUAAACAGCUGGCUGAGGCAAAUGAAGAUACGAUCCUGAAAUAAGAACUCUUAAGUGUUUGUGUUUAUGGACCCGUUAUGGAGGUCUCAACGUUCUUCUCAUCACUCACCAUCUUCUACAUUAUUACCUGCUGUUUUACAGUGAAUACAAUUUCUGUGUAUUAGUAAAAUUCACACAAUCAGUGA